GUUCUAACAUGCUGCUUUUCCUCCUAGAGGGCAAAGUCAACAGUUGUAUUGUUGAAGAUGCCAAAGAUGACUUUUUACAUGUGGCUUCUUUACCAGCUGUGGCUUUCCAGCCCAAACUCCCUCUCUUGGCUUGAAUGCCCAAAGGGAUGCGACUGCCAAGGAGUUUUCAAAUUUGUGAACUGUUCCUGUGCGUUUCUCACCAUUAUACCUAGCAGCCUCCCGAUGGACACAGAGCACUUUGACUUAUCCCGGAACAACCUGAGUGUGAUCCCCCAGCAGGCCUUCACCUCUCUGUGGAGGCUUCUUGUGCUCCUAAUGAGUGACAAUCACAUCAGUUCAGUGGAAGGAGGUGCCUUCUCCUCUCUUGAAAGUCUGCUAAAGCUGGACCUGAGCAAAAACUGUAUUGUGGCUCUAGGCAAUGGCUUUUCCAAGGGCCUAAAUUCAUUAAAGGAACUAAUUCUGUCAGGCAAUAAACUGAAGACACUGAGCAGUGCAAGCUUCUUACACCUGGAGAGUCUGCAGAAACUCACUGUGAAUAACAACAGCGUCAGCUUCAUUGAGAAUGGGGCCUUGAGGAGUAUGACGCGUCUCAGGAGACUCUACCUGCAGCAUAAUAACCUGGUAGUCCUUAGCAAUGGGGUGUUUUCAACACUACAGCAGCUAGAGGUUCUCAACCUGGAGGGCAACCAGAUCAACAGCAUAGAUGUUGAGGUUUUCAGUUCUUUAACCAGACUGACACUCCUCAAUUUGGCCAAAAACUAUCUUCAGAGUGUUAAGUAUAAAACCUUUCUUAGCAUUCACACCUUUGGGACUCAUAUACUGUUGGCAGACAACCCCUGGCAAUGUGACUGCGACCUCCAGAGAGUAUUUCGCAAGCUGCUGAGUGUGCAGAGACUCGUCUUUGAUGAUUAUGUGAACCUGACGUGCAAGGAACCAGCAGUGCUUAAUGGCUGUAAGCUAGCAGAUGUUAACAACAGGCUCUGCAUCGGGGAGACGGUGACCGUGCUGAUCAUCACUUUCACAGUGCUGGUGACAGUAGUGGCUGCCAUUGUAAUGGCGGAAAGAAACAGAAAGAAACGUACUGGCAAGCACUGGAGUGAGGAGUGUGACCUUUCUUAUGACUCACAGGACUAGCAGUGGAAAAGACUGGAAGUUUUUUGUCUUUUCCUUUUUAUUACAGUUUUUUUUUUGUUGCUCUAAGACAUUAUGGUGGGAAUCAUCCACCUCAGUCUCAAUAAGCACUGAAUCAUGCAAUCUGUGCUUCAAAUAUGGACACAGAUCUUUCUGAUGUAACAUCUGUGCAAUGCAAAGCUUUUUUGAGGGGGUGGGCAACACAGAUGCCUGUCCCUAAAGCAAAUCCAGUGGUCCGUUUUGGACCUGUCAAGAGCUGAAAUUUCAGAUUACGUGGGAGUGCAAAUGGCAACAUUUUUAUUUACUGAAAUUACACUAAGUGGAUGUCAAUGCACCUUUGAGGAAAUGGAAUGUAUUUCUUUGAACUUUAUUACUUUUAUUAUAAUAAAAAAAAUGUAAGUGUUCUCCAAUGGAGAUAAAAUAUUAAACACAAUGGAGUCUUAGCAAUUCUGGGUUCCAUGAGUGCCAACACCAAGCACAGUGAAUUCUGCUUAAUUGAAUUUUUAUACAAUAUGCUUCCCAAUAACAAGCUUAAAGUGCUAUAAAAUGCAAAAUAAUAUGAGAGUAUAUCAAAAGGGAAGGGCAAUUUGAAAAUUUUACGGUAACCACAACAGAUAGCAGCUGAUGUAAUACAAUACAUUUGUGAUGCCUUAUGGGUAGUCUGAAC